AUGGCUCGCUCCUGCUGCUCCCCUUGCUGCAAGCCUACCUGCUGCAGGACCACCUGUUACAAGACCACCUGCUGGAAACCAUCCUGCUGUCCACCCAGCUGCUGUGGGUCCAGCUGCAGGGGCAAAACCACCUGUGGGUCCAGCUGCUGCUGGCCAUGCUGUCCCUCAACUUGCUGUGAAACCACUUGCUGCAAGACCAGCUGCUGCAAACCAACCUGUGUGGUCAGCUGCUGCAGCACACCCUGCUGUAAGCCCAGCUGCUGUGAGCCUUGCUGCUGCCCCAAUUGCUGCAUCUUGCCCUGCUGCCAGCCCUACUGCCCUCCUACUUGCUCUCAAACCACCUGCUGCAGGACCACCUGCUCCAAAAAGUCCCAUGUGACCCCCUGCUGCAGCACACCCUGCUGCCAACCCUGCUGCUCUCCAACUUGCUGUGAAAUCACCUGCUGCAAGACCACCUGCUGGAAACCAGCCUGUGUCAUCAGUUGCUGCAGCACACCCUGCUGUGAUCCCAGCUGCUGCCUCAGUUGCUGCAUCAUCCCCUGCUGCCAGCCCUGCUGCCCUCCAGCUUGCUCUAAAACCACAUGCUGUAGGACCUGCUCCAAGCAAACCUGUGUGACCCACUGCUGCAGCACACCCUGCUGCAAGCCCUGUUGCUGUGUGUCCAAUUGCUGCUAG